AUGACGUCACUUCCCAGUUAAACGUGGCUACCCCGCGAUUGAAGGAAGGAGUGGCUUCAGGAUCUGUCAAAAGUUAAAUGAUCUUUCGCGAACAUUAAUGACUAACUACGACGAUUAAACAGUUUCUAAGUGCUCCUUAGAGUUAACCCGUAGUUUUGUACGAACAGUAACGAAGAAAAGAUGUCAUCAUCAGGCGAUUUCGGAAACCCACUGCGUAAAUUCAAGCUCGUCUUUCUUGGCGAGCAGAGCGUGGGUAAAACGUCUCUCAUCACACGAUUUAUGUAUGACAGCUUUGACAACACGUAUCAGGCUACAAUAGGUAUAGAUUUCUUAAGUAAAACUAUGUAUCUAGAAGACAGAACAGUGAGAUUACAACUAUGGGACACUGCUGGUCAAGAACGGUUUCGUUCUCUAAUCCCUAGCUAUAUCAGAGAUUCUACAGUUGCAGUUGUUGUUUAUGAUAUCACUAAUGCUAAUUCAUUUCAUCAAACAUCCAAAUGGAUCGAUGAUGUUCGAACUGAAAGAGGAAGUGAUGUUAUAAUCAUGCUAGUAGGAAAUAAAACAGACUUGAGUGAUAAAAGACAGGUUUCUACAGAAGAAGGUGAACGAAAAGCUAAAGAAUUAAAUGUGAUGUUCAUUGAAACUAGUGCUAAGGCCGGAUAUAAUGUUAAACAGCUAUUUAGAAGAGUAGCAGCAGCUUUACCUGGUAUGGAUUCCACUGAAAAUAAACCUCCUGAAGACACAGCUGUCGAUUUGCAGAAUCAAUCGUCGAUGCAGAAUGGCUCCGAAUCGGAGGGAGAGAGCGGCUGCAUUUGCUAGGGAGUUGGCGUUUGAAUAUCUCCGGCGUGUUGCUGUGCUGCCCUGACAUAAUAAAAAAUUAAAAAAAAAAAAAUAAUAAAAAAGAAGAAAAAAAAUUAAAAAAAAAGUUAAAAAAGAAAAAGGAAAAAAAAUAAUAAACCCAUGUCAUUAUAUCGACAGAUAAGAAAAUGAGAUGUGCGAGGAGGAAAGGAAAUGGGGAAAAAAAAAGAAAGAUAGAAAAUGACGAAAAAAGGAGAAAAAAAGAACAAAAAAAAAUACUAAAUAAAUAAAUAAAUGAAUAAAUAAUAAAUAAAUAAGAAAUCACAUCACAAUUACGAUUUUUGCGAGUUGGCUGGCUUCUUCUGAUGUUUACGCACAUCGUGGCCCAAUAAUAAGAGUUAUGCGUUUUAAUGGCACACAAGAUGUUCUCGAUUAUAAAUACACACUAUACUCGAUCAGCCAGUGAACUUUGCAUUGUUUAAUUUGAUAUUGAGAUAAAAUGAAAUAUGUAUUAUCCUAUUAUUGAAUCGCAUUCUUAAAAGAUAUGACAAGAGGCUUCAUAUUAGUGCGUCGUAUUUGCGUCGUUAGAUCCUGCAUAAAAAAUAUUAAUAAAAAAAAGAAACUAACAAAAUGGCAGAGUUUCCUCUAUCGAAAUUUGUAACGGCGAUCGAAUGAAAAGUUAUAGCGUUAAAGGAUCUCUUGUUCAAAUUUGCGUUCACAAAGUGAUGAUGUAUUAUAAUAUAAAUAGUCAAAAAUGCAAGGGGUUCUUUUUGUAAUAGAUAUUAAUGAUCUUUUUUUUAUUAUUUUUUUUUUCAACGUAUACAACCGAGCAAUACGACUUAUGUUAACAUAUCAAAAAAUUUCAAAUUUCGAACGUGAUACGUGAGAAAAUUGGCAGCCAACCCUGCUUGCUGUAUUCUCACGACCUUGAUAGCAAAAAUUCGACAGAAAUCGAUCGUUCUUUCGUUAAUGAUACUCUCGACGUUGAUUACGUGUCUCUAUUUUCUUUUCUUUUUUUUUCUCUUUAAAUAGAAAACAAAAUUAACGUUCACUUGACACACGCACAACAACAAAAAGAAAUAAUAAAGCUUAAUAUGUGAUCGUUCGAUCGUAAUUAUACAUAUAUAUACAUAUGUAUGUAUGUAUGAACAAUUCGAAUACGAUUUUUAAUUUAACAAAAUGACUGAAAGUAUGUUGCCGAUUAUUUGUAAUUUGAAAUUAUUAUUCGAUGAAUAUAUAUAUAUAUAUAUAUAUAUAUAUAUAUAUGUAUAUAUAUGUAUAUAAACGUAUAUAUACACAAGGUGAUUCCCCGCAUAAAGCGUUGCAAAUUGUGUUUAUUCUUAAAACGCGUGAUAGCUUCCGUCUUUUUUUCUUUCUUUUCUUUUUUUUUUUUUUUUUAGAUUAAAUGACAAUUGCAUGGUCGUCAUUAAAAUUAAUCGGAACAUUGUGAUAAUGUAAAAAAAAUUUUUUUUCUUUAAAAAUAUAAUUACCUAUAUAAAUUUGUUAACACAUUCUCUAAUAUAUUUUUUUUGUAUCUUUUUUGUAUUUAAAUUUAAUAUGUCAAUUUUAAGGAUGUCUCUCCUUUCUAUUUAUGAAUGAAAUAUGAUGAAGAAAUUUUCGUUUUUUGUAUCAAAGAAAAAAGACUAACUAACUAAUCAGCCUUAUCGUGUCUUUCGAUGUAAACGAAUAAGAAAAAAAGAAAAAACAGAAAAAAAAGAAAAAAGAGAAAAAAGAUUACAAAGAAAUCAAUAUAGCCCUGUAAUGAUUUCAGUAAAAACAAUUUGUAACACUUAAAAAUUAUAGUUAAUAAACGCGGGGACCACCUUGUAUAUAUAUAUAUAUACAUAUUUAUAUAUAUAUAUAUAUAUAUAUAUAUAUAUAUAUAUAUAUAUAUAUAUAUAUAUGUUCAUGACGUUUGUUCAAGGAUUUAUAAUGUAUAAGCGAUCUUUAUAGACGUUUUUUCAAUAUUUUUUCGUUUAAUAAAAAAAAAAAGAAAAUAGGAUAAAAAAAAUAAAAUUGAAACAAAAGAGAGAGAGAGAGAGAGAGAGAGAGAGAAAGAGAGAGAGAGAGAGAGAGAGAGAGAGAGAGAGAGAGAGAGAGAGAACGACAUGAUCGCCGUUAGAGAUGGAAUCAAGCGAGUUAACACACCAUACUUCCUCUUGUUCUUCAUUGUAAAUUAAAAUAAAAUUGUACGACUCGCCUAGAAAAGAAUUAUCUUACGCGUAGUGUUAUUGUUGUCGUCGAUACGUAUUUGAAUAUUACAUACUCGAAUCUUAAAUACACAUAGAAAUUAGAAUUACUUACAUUGUUAGAACCCUCACUGAAUAAUAAAUACAACAGAGUAUGUUGAUACACGAUAAACAGGAUCGCAUUUAUAUUUUUCGAAUGAUCCAGGCGCAACAUCGUUAUGUGAUCCCAAAAAAAAAGAGAAAGAAAGAAAAAACAAGUAUAUUUAGGUUGAAUCAAAUUCAUACGCUUUUUCUUUGUUCUUAUCAUUUUUUCCACCUGUUAUCUUUUUUAUUUUUUUUUUCUGGUUUGUGUGAUUUUAACAAAUCUAUUGGGCUGUUUUUUUUUUUAAAUCGUUAUUUGCGCAAGGACUAAGUUCUCAAUAAAACGUGGGCUUAUAGGGAGCGAGGCUUGUGCCUAAAAUGCGUCGUAUGGUAAAUGCGGUCCUGACGAAAAAACUGUGAAGUUGUUAACUUCACGAAAUAUCUUAUGUAAUAUAUUAUGUCAUGUUUGUAUAUUCAGAAUGAUAACUUUAAAACCGGAUCUCUAGGAUUACUCGCCAUUUAAUUGUAUUUUCUACGAACGUUGAGAUAUAGGAACCUCGAGAAGGAAUAGAAUUUUUAUAGUACACAACGUACAUACAUGAAUAUGUAUGUAUAUAUAUAUAUAUAUAUAUAUGAUGUACGAUGUGUCACGAUGUGUCAUCAUUUUGUGAAACAGAAACAUUCCAAACGAAUAACUUGAUUCCAUUUUUAAUCGAUCUGUCGUACGAAAUCUGUUAUGUAAAUCGUUGAUUAUUUAUCGACGAUCGUAGAUCGUUCGUAUUUAAAUACGAAAUUAAAUUGGGAAGUGGCUAUCUUUGUUCUUAUUGCGUUGGUUUGUGAUAGGCUCAACGAGAGACGACGAUAACCGAUGAUCGAUUUACAAAAUGGAUCUCGUUCGAUCCAGCGCGUUAAGCCCUUUAUAGAGGAGAGAAAGAGAGAGAGAAAGAGAGAGAGAGAGAGAGAAAAUACGAAAAAGAAAACAAAAACCUAAAAAAAAACGAAUAGUAAUAACAAAAGAAAAAAAAGAUUUGUCUUUUUCGUUAGCUAAAGUUUACGCGGUCUGAAUUAAGUGACAUGCAAGAUUUUCUUGAUCAUUAAUCAGAAGAGAGAGGAUCGUUAUAGUAAACGUAAAUGUAGUAAACGUCCUUAUAAAGGGUUAAAAAGCGGUUCAAAUGCGAAGGGUUUAACAAUACCGUUUGUGUUUCAAUGUGAGACUGAACGUCAUUGUACGGCAUUAUUAGUGCGAUUAAUUAAUUAAAAUGAAGAACGAAGGAAAAAAGUGAGAGAGAAAAAGAAAGAAUGAGAAUGAGAGAGAGAGAGGAAGAGAGAGAGAGAGAGAGAGAGAGAGAGAGAAACAAAAUAACGAGAUUAGAAAAUACGAUAUGGAUCCCGAAUAAAUAGCGAUGGGUCCAAUUCAAUUUUCGAAGCACAAACUAGCGAUAAUUCAUAAACGUUUGUCGGAGUAUCAAUAUUGCACUUGUUCGAUUUUCUUUGUUAAGAGCUAUCAAAGCAAGAAAAAAGGAAAAUGGAAAAGAAAAAAAGAAACGCGUUCGAACAUUUUAGAAUAAUUUAGAAUAUCUCUUAUCAUCGAACGCGUCAGACCAAUUAUUAUUAUUAUUAUUUUUAUUUUUUCUUUUUUUUUUCUUUGAUUAUUUAAUUCUUUUUUGAAAAUUUUCGAUUCUUUAACGUAACAAAUUUAAAAUCGAUGAAUCAACGAAAAAAAAAUCGAAGUAAGCCUAUCCUAGUCGCCUAGUGAUUAAUUAAUUUAAAGAAAAAAAAAAAAAAAGAAAAAUUGGAAUUUAGUUUACAAUUAACGAUCUCGAACUCAAUUAGUUUAUUUUUUAUAUUUUCCUUAUGAUAAAGAGAAAACGAAUGUAAUUAUGAUUAAAUCAGUUUGUCUCAAGUGCAUUUACAAGGAUCACGAAUAAAAAU